AUGAAAAACAACAGGGGGGGGGGGGGGGGGGGGGGGGGGGGGGUGGGGUGUGUGGGGGGGUGGUGUGGUGGGGGGGGUGGGGGGGGGGGGGGGGGGGGGGGGGGGGGGGGUGGGGGGGGGGGGGGGGAAUUGGGGGGGGGGGGGGGUGGGGGUGUUUGGGGUGGGGGGGGGGGGGGGGGGGGGGGGGUUUUUUUUGGGGGGGGGGUUUGGUUUUUUUGGGGUUGGUGGGGUUAG